CUUGAGUCAAGUCUACACCACGCCCCACGCUAGCCACACUCUCCCCCAUGCACAGUUUUGGGUGAUGAUUGUAUGUGUAGGCUACUAUAGUGUGUGCUUCAAAAAAUAAAAAACGUCUCCAUCAUCCACAACAACAAGUUGAGACAACCGCGAAGUAUCAAAAUGGCGAUAAUGCAGAGAUGUUGCUGUUUCGACAAUGUCCGGGCAGGAGCGAUGGCGGCCGCAAUUUACACGCUGGUCUCCGCUGCGGUAUGUUUGGCCUAUGGCGUUUACGAGAUAACAACACUCGCUGGUAUUUCUCAUUUGUAUGGUGUAUCAGAAGCCACUUUCAUUUCGUUGUGCAUUUAUCAGGCCCUCGUGGCACUGGUGUUGAUAGCAUCCAUACUGGUCCUGGUCGGGAUAUCAGUGAACCAGCGUGGGUACCUGAUUAUGUUCAUGGUGAUGAAACCACUUGUCAUCUUGCUUGAGGGAGUAUCAUGCAUCUUGUAUGUCGUCCAGGCUAUAUAUUGUUUUUUUUUACUCGCAAAACAGGCUGGUGGAUAUGUUUACGUAAUGUUAUUGGCGAUCUUGUUGGCAUUUGUCGUCCUGGACGUGUUUUGUUUCCUGGUCGUGACGUCACAGUACCAGGAACUGCGAGAUGGACGCGGUCGCCCUGAGGAUGUCCUUGCUGCCAGGACCACCACCCACACUAUUGUGACCAAUCCUGGUAUGGGUGGCGCAGUUGUUGUAACCCAGCAGCAAGGGUACGUUGUUCCCCAGCAGCAAGGGUACGUUGUUCCCCAGCAGGGCUACCCAGCCCAGCAACCAGGAUACCCGGCCCAGCAACAGGGCUACCCACCCCAGCAACAGGGCUACCCAGCCCAGCAGGGGUACCCACCCGAGCAAGGAUACCCACCCCAGCAGGGGUACCCACCUCCAGGUGAUAACCCCCCAGAGAAGGCUUAAAACAAGCUAUGAGAAGAUGAUCCUGUGUAUUGUCAACUAAGCCUACACGGUCAGGUUUAUUAAAGGCACUGGACACUAUUGGUAAUUACUCAAAGUAUUUGUUAGCAUAAAAACGUACUUGGUAACAAGCA